AAAGCUUGUUUAUCUACCCUUUUGCUUGCUGCAAAUUGUGAAGUAACCCAUGGCCAGCUGUGUGAGUUGCUGAAGUACGCAGUUCUGGGCAAAUCCAGUAUUCCUAAACCAAGUUGGUGCCAGCUUUUACACCAAAACCACCUGAGCAACGUGGUGGUUUUUAUUCUGAAGGGGAUGAGUCAGCUACAUUUCUACAGGUUCUAUUUGGAGUUUGGAUUUCUCCGAAAGGCAUUCAGACAUAAAUUCUGCUUGCCUCCUCCAUCAUCUAAUUUUCUCUCUGAUAUCAUUGGAUUGCAAAAUGAAAAAACAGAUGGAGAUUCACCCAGGACCAUUGAAGGAACUUUGCUUUCUGCCACUUUGAAAGCCAGCACCAACCCACAGAAUGACCCCAUCGUUCAAAAGUAUGGCUAUGAGCAAGUGGGUGUGACCAGAUGCCUUCUGACCAAAGAAGAAAUGGAGAGGUUUCACUUUCCUUUACAAGGUUCUCCCAGCUGUGAAGACUUUAUCCUUACCAAGUGUAAUGGUUCUGUAACAGAUAGUAGCCCUCUCUUUGGACUUGACUGUGAAAUGUGCCUUACAUCCAAGGGGAGAGAACUAACACGUGUCUCACUUGUGACUGAUGGUGGACAUUGUGUUAUGGAUGAACUGGUCAAACCUGAUGACAAGAUUCUGGACUACCUUACCUGUUUUUCAGGAAUCACGAAGAAGAUUCUUAACCCAGUGACAACCAAACUCAAAGAUGUGCAGAAGCUGUUAAGAGAGCUCCUUCCUCCUGAGGCUGUGUUAGUGGGCCACUCUCUAGACCAGGAUCUCAGAGCAUUGAAAAUGAUACAUCCACAUGUUAUUGAUACCUCACUGCUUUAUAUUGGAAAGCAGGCCAGAAGAUUUAAGCUACAGUUCUUAGCCAAAGUUAUUUUGGGGAAAGAUAUACAGUGUUCAAACAAGCUUGGUCAUGAUGCCAUAGAAGAUGCUAGAACAGCACUUGAAUUGGCUCAGUAUUUUCUUAAGCAUGGACCACAGAAGAUUGCAGAGUUUAACCUGGACGCAGCAGCCAGCCACCAAGAAAUGAAAGUAGCAGGCCAAGAGCCAAAAACUACGACAGGAGUUUCUAAGCACUCCAAAGCAAGUGUUUUAGAAUGCCUGGACUCAUUGGGUCAGAAGCUCCUUUUCUUGACCCAGGAUACAGAUGAACUUUCUUCUUUAGGAAACUGUCAAACUAUUAAGUGCCCUUCAAAUAAAGAGGUGCUUGAGCAAGCCAGAGUGGAAGUCCCUUUGUUUCCCUUCAGUGUUGUACAAUUCUCUUUUGAGCCCUUUAUGCCUGAAUUCACUGAAGAAAUGAAGAGAAGGAUGAGGACCAAGUGGACAGAGAUGUCAACUGUCUAUGCUGGGCCUUUUAGUAAAAAUUACAACCUCAGGAUGGUGAAGAAGAUGUUUAAGAGCUUUGGCCCAGUCCAAUCAAUAACUGUUAUUCUUGAAACUCAUAGGCCUCAUCUCCGUAUACAGUAUGAAAUCCUGGAAGCCGCCCAGCUGGCUAUAGAGACUAUGAAUGACAUUCAGGUAGAAGGCCUCUGCAUCAAGGUGCGUAGGCCUGUGACAGAAUUCACCCUUGACUCUGACACCCUUGUGAAUGAGCUGGAACAAGAUUCUGAGAACCAAGGUACUAUUUACCUGGCUGGAGUAAGUGAAACUUUUAAAACACACCUGUUGCAGCAGUCGAACCUCUUCCAUGGCCUGGAAGCUAUGAUCCUGCCUAAAGACGUUAAAAGCAGAAAGCAGAAAAACUACUGUUUCUUGAAGUUCAAAACUUUUGACAACGCCCAGAGAGCUCUUGAGAUUCUCACAGGCAAGGACUGGGAGCUGAAAGGCCGGCAUGCCCUAACCCUCAGGCACUUCCAAGCAUGGCUCAGGGACUUACCUCCUGAACCAGCAAGGCUCAUGGGGCUUCAAGUUACACCUCCUCUCUUGGAGAAGCAGGCCUUGCAGGUAAGAAAGACUCUGAAGGUGAACCACCCGAAGAUGAUAGCCUGGCGCUGGAGCCGGAGGAUUGAGAAGCUCUACCACAGCCUGAACCCAGGCACCCUCUGCCUCAUCCUGCUGCCAGGAACCAAGAAUGCUUUUGGAUCACACCCUGGCCUAGGACUGAUGAAAAUAAAAGAUGAAGAAGAAAGUAACACCCCAAGCAUGGGAAUGUGACUCUACCCACCGCUUUCAAAGUGCCCUUUGUGGAGAAGGUGCUUAGACUACAGCCUUGGAGAGGUCAGGCCUCCCCAUCCAGCAGACAGCUUUGGUAGAAAGUUGGUAUACUAGCUAAAGUGUAUUUGACAUGUGUAAAUUUUCAAUAAAUUCUUAAAAUUCAAGCAGUUUACUUACAUAGGUGCUAAUCCCUACAGCACUACCAGUAAGUGGCAUAAACUGAGAAGACCAAGAGAAGGGACUUCAGCAGAGAAACCCAUCCAGUUUGUUUGUCAAAGCUGUACUAUCAUCAGAAGCAAAUUUCUGUAGGAUAAACUGUUGUCUUAGUGACAGCUGUUAUAGAACUAAAGGGGAAAAGGCUUUACUGAGAAUCCGGCAAGUACAGGAAAGAGGAGAGUGGGAGACUUAGCUUUUAAAUCAGCCCUCAAGACCCAUUUGCUGCUGGAUGUGUUGGCAUACGACUUUAAUACCGGCACUCAAGAGGCAGAGGCGGAUGGAUUUCUAUGAGUUCGUGGCCAGCCUGGUACACAUAGCAAGUUCCAGGCUGGCUGGGGCUACAGGAAAACCCUGUCUCAAAAAUCAAACCAAGAAACAAAAAACCUACUUCCAGCUAACUCCAUGUUUGGGAAUCCCUUGUUCCUUAAGAUGCAGCUGCAGCACCACUCUUUACCAGAAGGUGUCUCCACCACACCAGCUCACCGCUUGAGAAGUGGAAACCGCAAACUAAGAAAAAAACAGUGCUUAGCUUUUUUAAGUGACUCUCACACUGUUAACAGUACUUAAGGGAGAUGGAGGAACAGGCACACAAUUCCAAAUCUGAUAGAUACACAUUAGUCCAGGCAUAGAGAUGCUGAGUAUCUUAUAGAACUAUAUUUCAAAUAAAACAUAUUUAUGUCUAGAGGGCUAUAGAGUAGUAUAGUUUUGAGUCCAGUUUUGAUUUGGAACCGACCUGGAAGGCUAUGUGCAAAAAUGUUAACAGCAUUUCUCUCUAGUUAGUACAACUGGCAAAUCAGAGUUUUACAAGAUGCUUUGUUGUUUGAAGCAGGAUUGAAGGGGAGAAAAAGUCAGGUGUGGUGUUGUACACCUUUAAUUCCAGAAUUCAAGGCAGAGAAAGGCAGAUUUCUGUGAGUUCAAGGCCACUUUGGUCUACAAGGUCUACAUAGCAAGUUCCAGGCCAGCCAGGGCUACAUGGUGAGACCCUGUCUCAAAACAAAAAACAAAAACAGCUCAGCAUACAUUGCUUUUACCACCAUAAAAAAAAAAAUUUGAAAUUUAGAGUAAUGUUUUAAUCCAUUAAAUGUAGCUUUUUUUAAAGAUCUGGCCCUAAGUGGAACCAAGCACCAAAGACACUGCUACCUGGACUCCCUCUGUCAGGAAGGAACUUCUGUACUGCCAGGGUGAGCUGUAAGGCCUUGAGAUAGCAUGCUUCCCUGCCAGCUGAGCUCUUAAAGCAGUGGAGGCCCAACUGAUAUUUACCUCUUGAGGUUCCUUGGUAAUGGACAGGCCUGUUCCAUUCAGCUCUGUUCCUGGGCAUUUGGGGGCAUUUUGAAUGCAUUUUCGCAGCUCCAAAAACUGAGGAAACACAUACUUUUAUGGAUUGCUCUGAGAAUUCAAAGAUCUAGUUUGUAGAGAAUGACAACAGUAGUAGAUUGUGACCAGUUUUCCUUGUUAAGACUGUUUAAAAUGGGGAAAUUGGUACCUACUUCAUAAGUUAUGAAGAUUCCAUUAGGAAAAGUUCAGAGUAAGUGCUCAACUAGUCAACGCCAUUUCCUUCUGGAUAGAUGAGAGUUUCUCCCUGGGCCCCAUCUCCAGAACACUGUAGAAACGGACCUGACCCACAAAGCCUCUGAGACCUCAGUCUGUACAUGCUGUUCUUCCAGCCGAUGCUCCCACCUUUUGGAAACCAAAACUGCCAACUUGGCCUGUUGCAAAACACACAUUCCAUUCCUAAGUGCGUUUGUGCAUUUUUCCUCCCACACCCUUCUAGGCAGCCAGUGCGGAGCUGCCAAGGCAGCUGCCAGAGAAGCAGUGUCUUUUAGGGGAAAACGGCAACUCCACAGGUUUUUUAUAGGAUUCUUGAUUUAGGUUUUGAACAUAAUCCAUUUUGGGCCCUCUGACCAUAUUGGGGGGUUAUUCAGAAUACUCAACCACAUCUGCUAUUUCCUUAUCCCCUUUGAAAAUAAACUAUAAAAUAGGAAAGCCAUUAGAAGUUUGAAAAAUUCAAGUCACAGCUAACCACCCAAAAUUGAUGACUGCCAAUAUUUUGUAAGCUUUUAUCAGAUUUUUCUGGCAUUAUUCAGUUGUUAAAUAGCUACCUAAUAUGGUAAUAUUAUUGAUACUUCUCAUAAUUUCUAAAACACUAUUUUGUUGACACAAGUUGCUCUCAGAUGAUACUGCUAAUUAUGUUUCUGUAAAUACUUGGUAUUUCUGUGAGGAAAAAAUUACUGAAAUUAGGGCUGCAGAGAUGGCUCGGCGGUUAAGAACACUGACUGGCUCUUGCAGAAGAUCCAGGUUUGAAUCCCAGCACCCACAUGGCAGCAAACAACUGU